AUGGGGUUUAUCGAAAACCAACACAUACGGAUCGUUACCUCUCAUCAUCACCCGGCUCAGAAGAAUUCUAUCAUCAGUUCAUUAAUAUACAGAGCCUUAACAAUUUUUAAACCAACUUCCCUGAAUGAAGAAUUAGAACAUCUCAACCAAGUCUUGACCAAGAAUGGGUACAACACCAAAGACAUCCAUCGAACAACUGAAAGACUGAAAAAUAAAAUCUCCAGUUCUACAAAUAUGAGUACAUCAAGUGAAAAAGAAGAAGAAAAAGAAGAUAAAAAAUGGACGACCCUUCCGUAUCUUCAAGGUACAACAGAACGCAUUAGCAGGAUCCUGGGUAAACAUAAUAUCAAAUGUACAAUAAGAGAACCUGAGAGAAAGAUCAGUACACAAAUUAAGGAACAACAGAGUACCAGGUACUGCCAUUUUAGUCAAUCAGCCUUGGCAGAACAUUGGAUGGAGACGGGACACUCGGUACAAUACGACAAAGCAACCAGACUAGCCUCCUCGCAAAGCUAUUUCGCCAGGAAAUAUCGUAAAGCCCUAGAAAUUCUGAAACAUCCCGACAACCUCAACCGCGACAAAGGUUAUGAAACAAACCCUAUUUGA